AUGCCGAGGAAUGAGGAAAGUGCAAAUGCGACCAAGAGAGGUGGUAUUUCCUUUGGCUUGAUGAUUUUGCGCGUUACUAAAAGAAAUCCCAUUGAUUUCAAUGGUUAUGGCUGCUGGUGUGGAAUUGGUGGGAAAGGCAAACCCGAGGAUGAUUUGGACAGGUGCUGCCUGAGUCCUGACCAAUGCUAUGACAAGCUUAAGCUUAACAAUGUUUGCCCUUUCGAGAAAGGAAUUUAUUCUCUUCCCUACUCAACAAAAUCGCAUCACCCUACCGAAUGCGAACCUGCAUCUUAUUACUGGCUUAGUGGAGAAUGCCGCUUUCGCUUGUGCAAGUGCGAUGCAGCUGCCGCUAAAUGCUUUAAGAAGAAUCGCUAUCAAGAGAAGUAUAGAAAAUACCCACAGAACAAGUGUACGAAUGACAAGCCUUCUAAAAGUGAUGAUGAAACAACACAAACGUUGUUUCCGCUUUGA